AUGGCUUGGGGGUGCACUAGUGCCCAGAGAGAGAGUAAUGCUACUGAUCCCUGUAAGGGAGAGCGGGUUGCCUUGAAGGAACUGGCUUGUGCCCAAAGGGAAAAAGUGAAGCUGCUAACCCCCAAUCUGGUGUUGAACAGUGCAGCCCAGGUAGAGGAAGACUUGGAACUCAAACUCGAGCCCUUCAACUCCAAAUGCCAAGCUCCUGCCAGGGCACAGUGCCCCAAGAGACCAACCUCACACCUAAUCCCACAGCCUCCUGAGAUUCUUGGGCAGGGAGCAAAGCAUGCAGCAGAAGCAGACGCACCUCUACACUCAGGGUGGGUAGUCGGAGAGCACCACGGGACAGAGCAGCCAGUGGCAAGAGUCAACAGGUCGACUAGGUCCAGGGAGUUAGGAAAACUGGAGCAGAGCAAAGAUCACACAAGUCAGACAGAACAGCAGCAAGACUGCCCUGAAAGCUGGGCUUUCCGUGAAUCCACCAAUACCGUAACACCGUUCCCGUCCUCUUCCUCGGCACCGCUGCAAACGCCCCGGGUCGUUACCGGAUUUGACCGUGGCUGGACGGGCGCGGGCAACCCAAGGCAGGGAUUGCGCCCUGGGGCAAGGCAAGGUGGACAAUGUGCGGCCUCAGCCGAGGCCUGGGCCCUCCGCGUCGCCCACUGCCCCGCUGGGCCCCUUCUCCCGCGCUCACCGGAGCCGGGGAGCUGCUCGUCACCCAGGCCCGCGCCCGAGGGCGCGGCGGCUCAACGUGGGCCGCGCUCAGGAGAGGACCGGAGGAGUGGGCGGUGCCUCCCGGCCUCGCCGUCCGGGUCUCGGCGUUCCCGAGGAUGGCGCGUUUCGAGAAAAGCGGGCCCGUUGGCCACGCCCGCCACCCAGCCGCUGGACUCAGCCACCUCAGAGCUCCUGGAGGGCCGCCCUUCUCACUCACCUCCUGCGCACAGCGCGCACCCAGCUCGGAAGCGGGAAGGCGGCCGGCGCUCCCGCUCGGCGCACACACGCAGCCUCCCCGCAGGCGCACGCGCUGCCGAGCGCGCGCAGACCACGCGCCGGGGCCGCGGCCGGGAGUCCUGGGCCCCCAGCCCUGCACGCUCGCUUGGCGCGCUCUCGGGGUCGUCGCGGUCACCUUGCAUUCCGAGUACGGCCGUGUUAGCUGCCAAAACCUCCCUGGAAUGCAAAACAGAGCCAUGGACAACAGAUGGGGAUAAGAAAUUCUUCUAAAUGAAGUAAGUGAGACGAAAAGCUCCAAAACCUUUAAGAGGUUAUUUCCUUUGAAGCAGUCUCCUUUUUCUUUGUGUAGCAUUUAUCAGCUUGUGAUUGAGUUAUCUAUUGCUUCAGCAUAAGCUCUCCCAAAAUAUAGUUGCUUGCAAAAAUGUCAGU